AUGUCUCUACUACGAGAAGCCAAGUGGAUUGAAGAGGAGCCGGACACCACGAUGGUGCGGGUGGCCCGGAGUGCCCGCGUGGAGAGGGCAGCCCGCCAGGAACAGCUGGGGCUACAACCCGGUGAGCAGUUGUCAGAGGCCCAGCUGGUGGAGUCCGGAGGGGACGUGAGAAGGCCUGGAGAGUCCCUCCGCCUCACCUGCCAAGCCUCUGGGUUCAACAUCAGCAGCUCUACUAUGUACUUUGUGAGACAGGCUCCAAGGAAAGGCCUGGAAUGGGUGUCCAGCAUAAGCUAUGGUUCCAGUUAUAUUUACUACUCGGACAAAGUCAAGGGACGCUUCACCAUCUCCAGGGACAACUCCAAAAGCCAAGUCUACCUGCAAAUGAACAGCCUGAAGCUGGAGGACUCGGCAGUCUAUUACUGUGCAAGACACACAGUGGGAGCGACACCCACCAACACAGAGAGUUCAGUCAGAGUCCAGUUGGUGGAGUCUGGAGGAGACGUGAGAAGGCCCGGAGAGUCCCUUCGCCUCUCCUGCCAAGCCUCCGGAUUCGACUUCAGCAGCUAUGAGAUGAGCUGGGUGAGACAGGCCCCUGGAAAAGGGCUGGAAUGGGUGGCAGGGAUAGACACUGGUUCCAGUACUUACUACUCAGACAAAGUCAAGGGACGCUUCACCAUCUCCAGGGACAACUCCAAAACCCAAGUCUAUCUGCAAAUGAACAGCCUGAAACUGGAGGACUCGGCAGUCUAUUACUGUGCUGGAGACACAGUGAGAGGAAGUGAGUCUGAAGCCUGGCAAGAACCUUCCCUUCCUCAGAGCCGCUCUCCAAGUUCAUUCAAUCACAGAAGGUUGGAUGUCCGUAUUCAGACUGAGAAGCAGCAGAUUCCUGUCCAUCAUAGCAAGUGGGAAUACAGACCUGAUUUGGAAUUAUCACUGUGGAACCUGGUUAGCAGUUUCGUAGGGGAGACCAAGGGAAAUUCAGACAGUAGAAUAAACUGA